UCUCCCUCUCUCAUCGCUCAACCUCUCCAGCAUUUUCUCCAUUGCCGUGCAAGGCAGAACACACACACACUCACACACUCACGGGUGGCAGGAUGUCGAUCAUCAGCAUCGUUGCCAGGGAGAUCUUGGACUCCCGGGGAAACCCCACUGUGGAAGUAGAUCUUCGCACCGAAAAAGGUCUGUUCAGGGCUGCAGUGCCCAGUGGGGCAUCCACGGGGAUAUAUGAGGCUCUGGAGCUCCGAGAUGGCGACAAAAGCCGCUUCAAGGGAAAAGGUGUUUUGAAGGCAGUUGGACACAUCAACGAUACUCUGGCGCCAGCCCUUAUCGCCUCUGGUAUCAGUGUGGAGGAACAGGAGCAGUUGGACAACAUGAUGAUCGAAAUGGAUGGCACAGACAACAAAUCUCAGUUCGGAGCCAAUGCCAUUUUGGGAGUAUCUCUCGCCAUCUGUAAAGCCGGGGCAGCAGAAAAGGACGUCCCUCUGUACCGCCACAUAGCUGACCUAGCUGGAAACACUGAGCUUGUGCUCCCGGUUCCUGCCUUUAAUGUGAUAAAUGGAGGAUCUCAUGCAGGAAACAAACUUGCCAUGCAGGAGUUCAUGGUUCUGCCUGUUGGGGCCGAGUCUUUCAAGGAGGCUCUGAGGAUAGGAUCUGAGCUCUACCACACACUGAAGGGUGUGAUUCACGAGAAAUAUGGUCAGGAUGCUAUUAACGUUGGAGAUGAGGGAGGGUUUGCUCCAAACAUCUUGGAGAACAGUGAGGCCCUGGACCUGCUGCAGACUGCCAUAGAGAAAGCAGGUUUCACAGACAAAGUGGUAGUUGGGAUGGAUGUGGCCGCCUCAGAGUUCUACCGCGAGGGCAAGUACGACCUGGACUUCAAAUCCCCCCCGGAUUCGUCACGACACAUCAGUGCAGAAGAGCUGGCUGACAUCUACCAAAGCUUUGUCAAUAAUUACCCAGUGGUCUCCAUCGAGGACCCAUUUGACCAGGAUGACUGGGAAGCCUGGUCAUGUCUGACGGCCCAGGUGGGGAUUCAGGUUGUUGGAGACGACUUGACAGUUACCAACCCAAAGAGGAUAGAGAAAGCUGCGGAGGAGCGAGCCUGUAACUGCCUGCUGCUCAAAGUCAACCAGAUCGGCACCGUCACUGAAGCUAUACAGGCGUGCAAAUUGGCUCAGGCCAAUGGUUGGGGUGUGAUGGUCAGCCAUCGCUCAGGGGAGACAGAGGACACCUUUAUUGCUGACCUGGUGGUGGGACUCUGUACUGGACAGAUUAAGACUGGCGCCCCCUGCAGAUCUGAGCGACUGGCCAAAUACAACCAGCUCAUGAGGAUCGAGGAGGAGCUGGGCGACCAGGCUCGCUUCGCAGGCCAUAACUUCAGGAACCCAAGCGUCCUGUGAAACCAGCUGACAGACGAGAAUGACUCACACACUCAACGCACGCAAAAUGCCCACGCAAACUGACACAAACAACUAACAAGGAAUGAGCCAUGUACAAAGAAAGACCACGCAAAUUCAGGAAAAAUACACUCGCAAAAGAGCCAAGCAAAAUAAAUCAAAUAUGCACUAGAUUUAAAAGAAGGGAGGUAAUAUGUAUGCUGUAUGCAGACUCACACACACACUAAUGCAACACCUGAAAACGCACAUGCAGGGAAACACUAAAAAACCCUAGAAUCUAUAAGCCAGACAUGCACUGUUACUGUAGGAAUAGUCCAUGUAAAGCCAGAAGACAGGCCUGAAAAAAAUAGAGAAUAUAGUUGUAAAAAAACAGGUAAAUAAAUAGAAAUUCUGUAGAAAAAUGUAGUCUGAAGCACGCAACUGAAAGAGACGAAGAAGUCAAAGUUUUAAGACCAAACGAGGAUGAUGCAAAUGUAGGAACUGAGUGAAAACAACAAGAACAAUAAGAAAAAACACUGUAAUACCUGAACACACACACACUCAGCUGUCUCACACUCUCAUCUUGGUCACUCAAGUACCUGCACUCCUCCCAGCUCUAUCCUCCCCCUUUUCUCUCUACAUAUUUUACUCUCCUUCUUCUUGUUGUGUCUGUGUCACGGUUUUAAUUGUCCCUGUUUUCUUCUCAACCUGGUGUGAAUCUGAUUGUUUGUCCUUCAUGCUUGAAGUCCUGCUUCUGUCCUGAAAGAAAAAAAAGCAAAACCUUAAAACCCGAACCCCUUCGAGCCUUUUGGUUCCACUCUGUUUGUCCAUAGAAUAGCUGUGUCAAAAAAGAAGAAAGAGCAAUGAAAAAAAACAACUGAAAACAAUAACAGAAAGCUUGUCAAUGAAAAUAAUGUGAAAAUAUGUGAAAUAAAAUGAUGUUCUAAGAUUUCAA